AUGUCGGGCACGCAGGACUGGCUCCUGAGCCGCUGCGAGGCCGAGGCGCGGUCGUCGAGCGGCCACCUCGUCGAGCUGCUGACGGUGCAGAGCGUCGUCGCCGAGUGCGUCGAGGACGUCGUCGAGGCCUUCCGCUGCAACGAGCUCGCCGCGGCGCGGCGCGAGGUCGAGGUCGUGCGGCUCGAGGCCGAGGUCGCGGCGGCGGAGCGCGACGCGGCGCUCGCGGAGCGGCGCGCGGCCGCGCGCGGCGGCGCGGCGACGGCGUUCGGCGCGCGCGCGUGCCUCCGCGGCGUCCUCGACGACGUCGCCAAGUGCCGCCUCGUCGCCCGCGUCGCCGAGGGCGAGCGGCUGAAGCUGAAGCGCGCCGAGGGCGAGGCGCGCAAGGUGCCCGCGCUCGAGCGCGAGGUCUCGCGGCUCGCGCGGGAAUUGGAGGCCGCGCGGCGGCGCGAGGCGCGCGGCGGCCAGCUCAACGGGACCCUCGCGGCGCCGGAGAAGCGGGCGCCGCCGCGGCUGACCCUGGUGACGCUCGAGGACAAGCUCGUGCUCAAGGUCUUCUCGUUCCUCACGGCGUGGGGCGUCCUGGCGUCCGCGCAGGCGGACCGGGCGUUCUUCGCGCGCGUCGACAAGCUCUUCGGCAUGGGCUCCGCCGUCGCGGGGAGGCUCAAGGCGGGCGGCAACAAGCGCGCGAACGGCCGGUCGCCGCCGCCGGGCGCCGCGGGGUCGCUGUCCGCGGAGACGGCGGCCGCGAUCGCGUCGAAGUUGAACGCGGGCGAGAUCAAGGGCAUCAUCGCGCUGGACCAGCGCGCGAAGCGCCUCGACGGCGAGUGCGCCAUGCUCAAGGCCGAGAAGGAGGACCUCAAGGCCGCGCUCGAGGGCGCCGAGGGCGUCAAGGACUUCCUCGGCGCGAAGUUGCGCGACGCCGAGGAGACGCUCAAGGCGGCCUUCGAGGCCGACGAGACGCAGCGGAGCCAGCGGCGCAGCGACCAGGAGGUCAUCAACUUCCUCGACGCGCGCGUCCGCGACCUCGAGGCCGAAAACGCGGGCCUCCGGGCGCGGCGGGAUAGUGUCGAGGCGGACCUCGGCCGGGACCGCGACGCGGCCGUGAAGCAGCUCGCCCACGUCGUCGCGAGCCGCGACGCGGACCUGGACGAGCGCGACCGCGGCGACAAGGCGAACCGCGAGCAGAAGCGGCUCCUCGUGAAGGAGGUCAAGGCGCUCCGCGCGCAGCUCGCCGCGGUGCACCGCGCGGCCGCGCGGCGCGUCUAA